UAGUCGAACUGCAUCACCUGAUCCCUCUGCUUCCCCUUUAGAUGUUCUUGCUCCCUCCUCUAUAGAAAGCGUCUCUUAUAGAGAAAAUAUCUCAUUAUCUUGGCUUUUCUGGCAUCGGAUUUAUAACUUUAGCCUCGUAUAACUCGCUGCUUUUGCAGGUUAUACAGCCGGAUAAAUGCUGCUGGAGUGCAUGAUGAACGGACACGCCAUUCUUUACACUGGGGUGGUUUUGGCCUUCUGGAGCACCAUCUUAGUCGUUGGUAUCUGCUAUACCAUAUUUGACCUUGGGUUCCGUUUUGAUGUAGCAUGGUUCCUGACAGAGACGUCUCCUUUUAUGUGGGCCAAUCUGGGCAUUGGUCUGGCCAUCUCUUUGUCUGUGGUGGGAGCUGCCUGGGGCAUCUACGUCACAGGUUCUAGUAUUAUUGGUGGAGGUGUCAAAGCUCCUCGAAUUAAAACCAAAAACCUGGUCAGCAUCAUCUUCUGUGAAGCUGUUGCUAUUUAUGGGAUCAUCAUGGCUAUCGUCAUCAGCAACAUGGCUGAGCAAUUCUCCGGAACAACCCCUGAGACCAUCGGUGCACGUAAUUACCAAGCUGGUUACUCCAUGUUUGGAGCUGGUCUGACUGUGGGUUUUUCCAACCUCUUCUGUGGGAUCUGCGUCGGCAUCGUUGGCAGCGGAGCGGCUCUGGCCGAUGCCCAGAACGCUAGUCUCUUUGUGAAGAUCCUCAUUGUCGAAAUCUUUGGCAGUGCGAUUGGCUUGUUUGGUGUAAUCGUAGCCAUUCUGCAGACCUCAAAAGUAAAGAUGGGGGAUUAGAAGAUGCUCUCACACACUCGGAGGAGGAGGAUACUGCUGGAAAAAUACGAUGAUUAUUGUGUACAUAUGUCGUAAAUUAUUUAAAUGUCUAUAUUUACCUGGUAUUAUUUUUAGUUAUCAUUCUUGUGAGGGUGAGUCAUUUUUUCAGGGGUACGUUGAAUGUUCAGUAAAGUAAAAGAUGAAAAUUAGCUUAUUUUUUAAAUUUACCCAUAAAAUAAAUAAUUAGCACAGUUAAGUAGUUGGCAUAUCUUUCUGACCACUCUUGUUGAAUGGUAGUUUAAAAAUGACUCUGGAGUAUUUGAAAAUAUUGUGUGUGUGUGUGUGUGUGUGUGUGUGUGUGUGUGUGUGUGUGUGUGUGUGUGUGUGUGUGGCAUAUAUAUUUUUUGUUUUCAUUCUUGUGAAGCAUGAGGAGGUUGUUGUGUUUGUAGUCCGUUUGCCACAUUUUUGCUUUCAUAUCUGUUCUACUCUGAUUACCAAGUGGUCCUUAAUCCACUUAGUGUUUUUCCUUUCAUGCACUAUAAAAGUGGUGUGGAAAUAAAACUCAAACGUUUAGAACAACAGUGGAUUUACUAAACUGUAAAGGGUUUGUUUCAGAAAGCCAAACGUUGAAAUCAAAGCAGCAGAUUUUCCAAUACACCCCGCGGGCCUGCCCACUACGUCUACCGGUCAAAACAUUCUGCCUGAGUGGAUUUUUUUUCCAAAAACAACAGUUUCAGGGCAGGGAGAAGGAUUGAAGGAAGACGAAAAUCAAUCUUUUAGGAGAAGCUUGGUUUGAGCACUGACGUCUAGAAAUUCAUCCAAAAUAAAUGACUUCAAGAACAAAGCGAGAAGCUAAAGUGCUGACAUCUCUGCAGAGUGACUGGAACCUCACAUUUAAUCUGUUUUAAAUGCACGUGACUAUUUUAUUUCUUUUUAUUUUUGGCAAUGUCAGCUUUUCAUAGUUUUCUGAAUGAACAUUCCUUAAGUUGUGUCUGAAUUGGAGAGUGUGUUGAGUUCUGGACAUUCAGGAGUGUAGCAUAGCGAUCUGUCUUUGAAUAUUUCUCCAAAAGGCGGAGGUGGUCACAGAGGACAGAAAUCUCACGAUGCAUUAUUUCGUAGAAAUGACAGACCAGGGCUAGUGUAUGAUUUGGUAUCUAAACCCAAGGCUUUCACUGACUGUAGAUGGUGCUGUGUGUGUACACUGUGUGUUGAUGUGAUGGUGAUCAGAAAAUAUCUUGUUUUUGAAGCAGUGUCAGUCAAACCCCUUCUCAGAUUUUCUUUUUAGCUUAAUAAAUGUCAUUGAGAAAAUAAAAUGCUUUGAUCAACA